GCUUUUUACCAACUUCAAGUAGUCAAUAGCUUACUUGGUUACCAAAAUGGCCGUCACAAGCAAAAAAGUAUAGAUCUAGAUCUAGAAAGAAAUAACAUUUUAAAAUGAAGUUAUUAAAACAUCAAUACAUUUUAUAGUCAAGCAGCUGAUUUAAGCAUUGAACGAUGGCUGGGAAGAAAGGCAAGAAAGGAAAAAAAGGAAAAAAAGGAAAGCGAAAAGAGAAAAAAAGUGGCAAGGCCCCUCAGAUGACACCACAAGAAGCCAUUUUAGCCUAUCAAAUCAAUGUUGUGGAGAAAAAACUUGAAGAUGUGUCAUAUGAAAUACGUGGCUGGGAGGAAAAAAAUGCGAGGAACUUAGCACGAAAUGAGAAACUGAAAGAUGAGCAGGGUCUGUUGCUCCAACAGUUGCUGAAGAGCCAGCGUGAAGUGCUGGCUGGUGGCCUGGCUCAGGAGAGUGCAACUAGAGAGGAUGUCACACAGGAGAUGCUGCUCAAAUGGCAGAGGCAGAGGGAGAGGGAGAGGGAGAUAGAGAUAUUAAAGAAUGAAUUACUAGCUAAAGAGAGAGAAGUCUCGCAUGCUGUGAGGGACUUGAACUGGUGGAGAACCUUUAGAGACUCAGGGCAGCACCAGCAGCAGAUGCACAUCAAGCUUUUAGAGCAGGAGAUCCGGGACAUAGAAACCAGCUUCAUGGAAAUGGAAGCCCACUUAGUGAGGGAGAAGGACGGCUCCAUCUCUGAGAUGGAAAACCUAACACAAGAAGCUUUGUCUCAGCAGAAAGACCUGGCUGCUCAAAGGGCCAUGUCAAUGCUUGACAAAACAGAUAGACAAGAAGUCAUCGACAAUGAUUGGCUGAGAAAAGAGGUGGCUCUUCAUCGCUUGGAAACCAACAAAGCUUCUGAGGUUGUGGCAAGACUGGAACAAGAAAAUCUUCACCUGAUGGCUGAACUUUUUGAAUGUUCUGUAGAAGAUCUUAAGGUAUCAAGAUCAUGUUAUCUGACUCAGCUAGAUGACACUGAGAAUCUAGAACACUCUGGAAUUUUGGAGCUUGACCUUGCUAAAAUAAAUGUCACAUCUGAUGAUGAGAUAGAGGAGCAAGUCAGGAAACCUUUCAGAGGACGCCCUCAAAGUGCUACACAGAAAGCUGUUGAAGAGAAAGUCUUCUCAUUGAUAGCUGCCACAGAUUCAGAAGAUGAAACAUCAGAAACAGAAAGUGGAAUCUAUGAAAAUUAUUAUUUUGAAGAAGAAAAUUUUGAUGAUUAUCUCAAGUUAGGUCCCCUGGAGCUGAAGCUGCUAAGCAUCACAGGCCAGCCCGCGCCAAUCCACACGACACCAUCUCAGUCGCAGGAAGAGACGGAGGCCAAACUCUACAAACCUGACCAGUGGCCAGUAACUGUGGCAAUGCUCAAAGGGCCAUUAGUACCUGUCUGAUGCCACCUUUUUUUUACACUAAACACAUCAAACAUAAGAGGCAUCAGACAGACAACAUAAGGCAGACAAUAUAAAAAGGCAGAAAUCAUCAGACAAACAAUAUAAGACAGACAACAUAAGGCAGACAAUAUAAAAAGGCAGAAAACAUCAGACAAACAAUAUAAAACAGACAAUAUAAGGCAGACAAUACAAGACAGACAAUAUAAGGCAGACAAUAUAAGACAGACAAUAUAAGACAGACAAUAUAAGGCAGACAAUAUAAGACAGACAAUAUAAGGCAGACAAUAUAAGGCAGACAAUAUAAGACAGACAACAUAAGGCAAACAAUAUAAGGCAGACAACAUAAGACAGACAAUAUAAGGCAGACAAUAUAAGGCAGACAACAUAAGACAGACAAUAUAAGGCAGACAAUAUAAGGCAGACAACAUAAGACAGACAGUAUAAGGCAGACAAUAUAAGGCAGACAAUAUAAGGCAGACAAUAUAAGGCAGACAAUAUAAAAAGGCAGACAAACAAUAUAAGGCAGACAAUAUAAGACAGACAAUAUAAGGCAGACAAUAUAAGACAGACAAUAUAAGACAGACAAUAUAAGACAGACAAUAUAAAAAGGCAGACAAACAAUAUAAGACAGACAAUAUAAGGCAGACAAUAUAAGGCAGACAAUAUAAAAAGGCAGACAAACAAUAUAAGACAGACAAUAUAAGGCAGACAAUAUAAAACAAGCAUAUAACAAGGACCAGCACCUCUAUCCCAUCAAAUGCCAAGGUCAUAUGCCAAGGUCAUGGAAACUAUGCUUAAUGUUUUUUUUUUUACAACAUACAACAAAGCAUAUAACAUACAGUUAAGAUGUCAGUAACAGUUCAUAACAAAAGCACAUUAGACAUGCAGAUUUUAACAUGCAACAUUUAAAAUGCAACAUUUAACAUGCAACAUUUAAAAUGCAACAUUUAACAUGCAACAUUUAACAACAUUAGAAGCACAACAUCAAGUCAUUCAAUAUAUGUUAAAUGAAUUCAAAUAUUCAGCGAAAAGUUGUGUUCUCUGGGUC